AUGAAGAGUAGCGUACAGACGGGGGCCCUCCCCUUUAAAUUUCUAAAGACUCUCUAUUUAUUUGGAAAAUCCGACAUCCCAGCGGCUGCUUUACCUUCGAUGGCUAUAGCUCUUGUUCUUGCUGGACCAUCCAACUUACACCUGAUCACCAAGGGGUUCAUUUGGAAUCAACUACAUCUUCUCACUUUCCAGCUCGAUGGUAUAGAGGAGGACAGAAUAGCAAAGCCACAUCGGCCUUUGCCCUCUGGCCGCAUAUCACCAGCACAGGCUACCCUCCUCUAUUACGUCCUCUUCCUAUUGAUGUGGGUAGCAGCGAUUCAUACAAACACGACAACAUGCACCUUGGUCUACUCGGUUGCCAUCGUGAUAUACAAUGAAGGUGGCCUGGCCGCUAUUCCAGUAGUGAAGAAUGUGAUUGGAGCUAUUGGACUCGCAUGUUACUGUUGGGGAACCACAAUAAUUCUUGACCACGGGAAAGAGUUGCAUGGAUUGAAGGCCAUCGCUGUGCUCAUGAUUGGUGCCAUCUUCGCUACUACUGGCCAUGCUCAAGAUUUUCGUGAUCGCUCAGCUGAUGCAACAAGGGGCCGUAAGACUAUUCCGCUACUGCUAUCUCAACCGGUGGCCCGCUGGUCAUUGGCCGCAAUGACUACAGCGUGGACUUUAGGGUUGAUUGCCCUCUGGAAGCCACCAGCUAUUGCCAGUCUGGUAUAUGCUGCUGCGGGUCUACGGUGUUUGGGUGGUUUUGUCUCUAGCCAUGACGAGAAAGACGACUAUAUCUCGUACUGCUGGUAUGGUUUCUGGCUUCUUGGUAGUAACCUCCUUCCCAUCUUCCCUCGAUGGAGGGGUGAACUUGUUUAG